AUGUUGGGACAAGAUGAAGAGUUAGAGGUCGAUUGGCGGCGAGAAUAUGUAACGAUGGUCGUCUCGAUGCGAGCCUUCGUCCCGGCUUCGAAUAAUUGUCACAUGGAGAUAAUCGUAUGUGUCGUGGCAAUCUUCGCUGUCGUCGACCUCUUGUCCCUUCAUCUCGUUGGUAUUGACAACUUACCUGGUGAUUAUGCUGUUCACCGGUGCAAUCGAAUUGGCGACGGAUGUGGGAGGAGGGAACUUUUCGGCGGAGUGCUCGACGAGGGCUGGAAUUGGCAAUCGAAAAAUUGUGGUUGUGGGUUUUCGCUAGCCCCAAGGUACGUACCCGCCUCAGGGCUUCGGAAAAUCAUGUUCUUCCGUUGUGUGUUAGCGAACGCCCCCAGGUCCAUUGUGCAUUUGAAAAAAUAG